CCUACCACGACUCAUCCAGCGGCGACGACGACUCGGUCAACUCGCCGGUGGCCACCAUCACUCGCUCUCCUAUUCUCGGCCUUCCACCGUCUCCUUCGGCGUCACCAUCACCUCAAAAAACGCCUCCCCCUCAAAGCUCCCCACCCCUCCUCAAAUCUCUCUCGACGAACACCUCCCCAAUCAAUCGCGUCUCGUUCCCGCUGCUCGCGCGCCCCACUCGGACGGUCGCCGAGCACCAUGGAUGGUCGGCGGCCGCUCCCGCUCCUCGUUGUCGUCCUCCUCCUCCUCCUCGCCCGACGCUCCCUCACUUCCCCCGACGCAGACGUCCUCUUCGCCUUCAAGGCCACGAUCGUCGACAACUCCGGCUCCCUCAGCAGCUGGAUCCCCGACACCGACCCUUGCUCCGGCCACGUGACCAAGUGGGCCGGCGUCAUCUGCGACAAUGAAGGCAGCGUCGACGGGCUUCGGCUCGAGAACAUGAACCUCGCCGGCGUGAUCGACGUCGGUCCCCUCGCGGCUCUGCCUCAGCUCCGCUCCUUCAGCAUCAUAAACAACGGCUUCGCCGGGACAAUGCCGGAGUUCGGGAAGCUCACAAGCCUAAAAGCCGUGUACCUGUCGAGGAACAAGUUCUCCGGCGAGCUUCCCGACGCGUCGUUCGCCGGCAUGAGUUGGUUAAAGAAGCUGUACCUGUCCAACAACCAAUUCGCGGGCGCGAUUCCGGCCUCUGUCGCCGCGCUUCCGAGGCUGCUUGAGCUAGGGCUGGACGGCAACCGGUUCGCCGGCGCGAUCCCACAGUUCCGGUCGAACGAGUUGAAGAUGGUGAACUUGUCGAACAAUAACUUGGAGGGAAGCAUCCCGGCGGGCAUCAGCAAUAUGGACGCUAGUCUCUUUUCAGGAAACGAAGGCUUAUGCGGCAAACCUCUUCAAGUUUCAUGUUCAUUGUCGUCGUCGUCGUCAUCUUCGCCAUCAUCUCCAUCAUCCAACCAGCCCCUUCUUCACAUGUCGUCGAUGGUAGUCCUCAGUCUAGUUCUAGCCAUUAUCGCCAUCAUACUCUCGACUCGUCGCCGGCCUCCGGUGAAAAACGUUGCGGUAAAGAACUCCAAGCCCGCGCCAACUAAGGAAGAAAUGAUGGAGGAGGGAACAACGCGCUCCGGCGGCGGGAGCACCACUAGCAAGAAGUCCACAAAGGAGACCGACCAAGGAAGGUUGAUCUUCGUGAAAGAAGGCAUAGGGAAGUUCGACCUGCGAGACCUGCUCAAGUCCUCUGCAGAGGUGUUGGCCACCGGCAACUUCGUCACCGCCUACAAGGCCGCCUUGCCGAACGGCACGGCCAUGGUGGUCAAAAGGUUUAGGAACAUGAACAGAGUAGGGAAGGAGGACUUCGACGAGCAUAUGAGACGGUUAGGAAGAUUGUCCCACCCAAAUCUGCUGCCAUUGGUAGCUUACUAUUACAGGAAAGAUGAGAAGCUGUUGGUCACUGGCUAUGCCGUCAAACGGAGCUUGGCUGAUCUCCUCCACGGUUCUCGACUGAAAGCAUCGGUUGACUGGUUUACUCGAUUGAAGAUUGUGAAAGGAGUAGCCAAAGGGUUAAACUACCUGUACGAAGAGCUGCAGAUGCUAAGCGUGCCCCACGGCCACCUCAAGUCCACCAACGUCCUCCUCAAUGACUCCCUCCAGCCACUGCUCACCGACUUCGCCCUGAUUCCGGUGAUGAACCCGGCGCACGCCGCCCAAUUCAUGGCGGCGUUCAAGUGCCCCGAGUAUAAGAAACAAGAGAGGACGUGCAAGAAGAGCGACGUCUGGAGCUUGGGCGUGCUCAUACUCGAGAUCCUGACAGGGAAAGUGCCGGCCACGGAGAAGGGAGGGACAGACUUGCCGGCCCUGGUGAGCUCCGUCCCCAGAGAGGAAUGGGCGAGCAAGGUGCUCGACGGAGAGGUACAGCCAACGCCGGCGGCGACGACGAAGGAAGCGCUGAUCGAGUUGCUGCAGAUCGGAUUAGAUUGCUGCGAGGAAGAUGACGAGAAGCGGUGCGAGCUAGAAGAAGCUCUGGACAGGAUUGAAGCGCUGAAGGAAGCAUCAAGUGGAGACCACGCAGCCAUCGACAUCAACUGAGAUCGCAAUGAAGCUUGGCGAGAGAGAUUCACGUAAGGAUUAAUUGAAGAAGCUCGCAAUGCAACAAAUUAAAAACACAGCAGUGAAUGAUCCACAGUGCAAUCGGCGUAGCCCCGAAGGUUUUCCUGUGUUCUUGACUACAAUGGCAGUGUGGAAAACGGUAAGGUGAUAGGGAUAUUCAUGGAAGAGACAGAGAUCUCGAUGUUCUAGAUCCACACUUAUUUUUUUUCCUGAUGUAUUUAGCUGCUUAAGUUUAAUGCCCAUUUAAAUUUGUAUGUUGUGAGAUACGAUAAACAUUCGAUACCAGU